UAACGGCAAGAAGAAAAUUAAGCGCGUGGUUUGGACCUGACGUAGAAGGCCACUACCAAUAAUUCUUCUAUAAAUUUCGAUUCCUUCCACCACCUCUGCUUCAUACUAACGCCAAUCAAUAUCCUCUUCUUCCUCUUCCCUCAGAUUUUUUUCUCUCUUCCCAAAGCAAAACAAAAGCCAUGUCUCAGACUGUUGUGCUCAAGGUUGGCAUGUCAUGCCAAGGAUGUGUUGGAGCCGUGAAGAGAGUUCUGGGGAAAAUGGAAGGUGUGGAAUCAUAUGAAGUAGAUUUGGAGCAACAGAAAGUGACUGUGAAGGGCAACGUCCAGCCUGAUGCUGUGCUGCAGACCGUGUCAAAGACCGGAAAGAAGACUGCCUUUUGGGAAGCAGAAGCUUUGGCUGAAACCGAGGCGAAGCCAGCCGAAACCGAGGUGCAGCCAGCCGAAACCGAGGCGAAUCCAGCUGAAACCAAGGUGAAGCCAGCCGAAACUGAGGCGAAACCAACAGAACCCGAGGCCAAGCCCACGGAAGCUGUUGCUGCAGCUUAAUCUGUUCCCCAGUUUGAUUCAUUGAAUGGUAAACUUAAUGCAGUUUACAUGGAUUGUAGAGUAUGUAUACUUCCCUUUAACAUGGAAGCUAAAAUAAGGUGUGGGGUGCAUGUCACUGUGCUUUCUAGGCUAAAACAUACUGGAUUGGCUUGUUUAUUGUAUCAGCAUGAAAUGAACAUUUCCGCUUGAUUUUCUUUUUA